GUGGACUACCAGGCUAACGAAAAGGGCUAGCUGCAGAGAGCCCACCAUUGGCUGUCCCGACUGCCGAGGCUGGCAGGCAGUGGCGACCGGGAAGGACCGGACCGACGGACCUUUUUGGAGGAAAUACCGAGAGAACACCAGGAACUGGGACGGAAACGAAGGGAAUAUAAGUUUUAAUUUACGGUUUGGAUUUCCCAGACGGACCAAAACGUCGCUAACGUUCAAUGUUAGCUGGAAGUUUUUUUUUGAGUCGAUCAGUGAUGUGGUGACGCGACUCCGCCGAAUCGACGGGAAGCUAACGUUAGCUGAAGCGCUAACGUUACUUGAUAGAUUAAUCAUUUCAGCAUAGCUUUAUAGACUUAUUUCAGGAUUUUUAAAACUCGUUUUUAGUAUUUUCGAUAAUGUAAGAUACAUAGUUGUGAGAUAUUGUAUCAUGUUGUCUACUUUUAUACGAAAUAGAGCUUAUCUCUAGAUAAGUAGCUGACGUUAUCUUAGCUAAGUUAGUAUAUGAAACUAGCAAGCGUUAGCUACCUAGCUGGCUAGUAGCUAACGUUGGCUAGCCGUCGACUUUAAACUGACUUCAAGCCAAAGAACUCUGCUUCAAAUUAGCUAACGCUAGCAAGGCUACAACUGUUUCCACGUCACCUAACUGUAUCAUCACAUGUCUACCUGUUAUGAAAUGUUAUUUUCGGUUAGCUGAACUUUAUUUUCGAGGAUGGCCAUUUGUUUUGAAAAGCAAAGAUAGGCACUUUACUUCCAAAUCCAGAUAUGCAAUCAUCGAAUCACCAGCUUACUUAAUGCUAGCUUGCUAACGUUGAGUUAGCCGGCCAAACUUGGAAAACUGCCCCCCUGCUCACUUUAUGUGGGUUUCGCUUUGAGGCCUUUAGGAAAUUAUCCCUUUUUUUUACACCUCGGAGACCCUUUUCAUAGCCUUAAUGCAUCCCAGCCUCGGAAUGGAAUUUAUAUGCUCUGAAUGACUCUGGAUAUUCGUGAAGCUUGACACGAUUGUAACAUACAAUUGGACUACCUGGACUUUGUUGACGUUUACUUGGCAUCAUAAAAUAACCUGAAUUACAAAGGCAUUUGGAAUAACGUUUUUCUUCAAAGAUGAUGUGCGAGGUGAUGCCCACCAUCAGUGAGGCCGAAGGGCCCGGCGGGGGAGGCGGCAGUGGUCGUCGAGGCUCUGGCUCCCCGUUGCAGUCGGACUCAGAGGGUCACUUUGAGUCGCUGAUGGUGUCCAUGCUGGAAGAGAGGGAUCGACUUCUUGACACUCUGAGGGAGACUCAGGAGAAUCUGGGCUUGACUCAGGGCAAACUGCACGAAGUUAGCCAUGAGAGGGACUCACUGCAGAGACAACUUAACACUGCUUUGCCACAGGAGUUUGCUGCACUAACAAAGGAGGUGAACGUGUGCCGGGAGCAGCUUCUGGAGAAGGAGGAGGAGAUUGCAGAGCUGAAGGCUGAGAGAAACAACACACGGCUCCUGUUGGAGCACUUGGAGUGCCUGGUGUCUCGUCAUGAGCGUAGUCUGAGGAUGACAGUGGUGAAGAGACAGGCUCAGUCUCCAGCAGGAGUCUCAAGUGAAGUGGAGGUCCUCAAAGCCCUUAAGUCACUUUUCGAACACCACAAAGCCCUCGAUGAGAAGGUGAGGGAACGACUACGCGUUGCCUUGGAAAGAUGCAGCGCAUUGGAGGAACAGCUCACCAUCUCGCACAAAGAAUUGGCUUACCUCAGGGAGCAGAGCAGCCAGAAGAGAGGGCUGGCAGAUGGAACCAGCGAGGUCAACCACAACUCUGAAAACACACCGAGCACUAAUGGCAAGCGGUCUUCAGAUGGUUCACUGAGUCAGGAGGAGGAGUCGGGGCCUGUGUUCGGGAAGGUCGGUGAGCUCCAGGAGGUGGUGGACCGUCAGACAGCUGAUCUGGGCCAGAUGAAGGAGCGCAUGGCUGCUAUGGUUUCACGCAUCAAUGAGCUGGAAGAGGACCUGGACACAGCCCGAAAGGACCUCAUCAAGUCCGAAGACAUGAACACGCGGCUACAGAGAGACCUGAGAGAGUCAAUGGCUCAGAAGGAAGACAUGGAGGAGAGGAUCACCACCCUGGAGAAGCGCUACCUGGCAGCUCAGCGGGAGGCUACCUCCGUCCACGACCUUAACGACAAGUUGGAGAAUGAAGUGGCCAACAAGGACUCCCUCUUCAGACAAACUGAGGACAGAAACCGGCAACUCCAAGAGAAGCUGGAGCUGGCUGAGCAGAAGCUGCAGCAGACCAUCCGCAAGGCAGAGACUCUGCCUGAGGUGGAAGCAGAGCUAGCCCAGAGGGUAGCUGCCCUCACAAAGGCAGAGGAACGCCAUGGCAAUGUGGAGGAGAGACUGAGGCAGCUGGAGGCCCAGCUGGAGGAGAAGAACCAGGAACUGCUCAGGGCACGGCAGCGAGAGAAGAUGAAUGAGGAGCACAACAAGCGUCUGUCUGAGACAGUGGACAAGCUCCUUUCAGAGUCCAACGAGAGGCUCCAGCUUCACCUCAAAGAGAGGAUGUCUGCCCUGGAGGAUAAGAAUGCCCUGAUAAGAGAACUGGAACAUACCAAGAAGUUAAUUGAGGAGUCUCACCAUGAGAAGGAGCAGCUCCUGAUCCAGAUUGAGACUAUGAGGGCAGAGAACGAGCAGUGUAGGAGUAGGAGCAACUCCUUACUACAUGGACGGUCUCAGCUGGGCAGCACUCCAGAUUUCAGGUAUCCAGUCUCAGCUUCCUCAAUGAUGGACAGUAACUCAGACCAUUAUGGCAGCGCUCUUGUGCUGAGACGGCCUCAAAAAGGACGGAUGGCAGCACUCCGGGACGAGCCAUCGAAGCGACAUGUGCAGACUUUGAAUGAGCAGGAGUGGGAGCGCAUGCAGCAGGCCAACGUGCUGGCAAAUGUGGCCCAGGCCUUUGAGAGUGACAUGGAUGCUUCAGACCUGGAGGAGGAUCGAGAGACGAUUUUCAGCUCGGUGGACCUGCUGUCCCCUGGUGGCCAGGCUGACGCACAGACCCUCGCCUUAAUGCUGCAGGAGCAGCUGGACGCUAUCAACAAUGAAAUUAGAAUGAUCCAAGAGGAGAAGGAGAGCACAACCAUCCGGGCAGAGGAGAUUGAGUGCCGGGUGGGCAGCGGCGAUAGCCUGGGAGGACGUUUCCGCUCUAUGAGCUCCAUCCCUCCGUCACUGUGUGCGGGCUCCUCGUUGGGCGGCUCUCCCCCAGGCUCUGGCCACUCCACCCCCAGACGCAUUCCGCGCAGCCCCAACAGAGAACUGGACCGCAUGGGUGUCAUGACCUUGCCUAGCGACCUGCGCAAGCACCGCAGGAAGUCUGCUCAGGAUGACAAGGCCACUAUCCAAUGUGAGACGUCACCCCCCACCACUCCACGCUCCAUGCGCCUAAACAGGGAGGCAGGGCAUGCUGCAAGCCAUGAGGACAUUAGAGACUUUCGAGGUCUGGCUGGCCUGCAGGACGGCCAGGGUAGUAACCCCAGCAGUAGUAACAGCAGCCAGGACUCCCUCAACAAAGCAGCCAAGAAGAAGAGUAUCAAGUCUUCCAUUGGACGCCUCUUUGGGAAGAAGGAGAAGGGCAGACCCAGCAUUCCCGGCAAGGACUCCCCCAGCCAAGCUGGCACUCCUGAGGCAGAGAGCUCUCCUAAGGAUGGUUUAGGAAUGGGCACCCUGGGAGGCCCUGCGGAGAAGAACAGGAAGCUGCAGAAGAAUCCAAAGACAGGGCAUGAAUUACUGGAGGAGGCUCGCAGGCAGGGCCUGCCAUUCGCCCAGUGGGACGGACCAACUGUUGUGGUUUGGUUGGAGCUGUGGGUGGGAAUGCCAGCCUGGUACGUGGCUGCAUGCCGUGCCAAUGUGAAGAGUGGAGCCAUUAUGUCAGCACUAUCAGACACAGAGAUCCAAAGGGAGAUUGGUAUCAGCAACCCGUUACAUCGUCUGAAACUUCGCCUGGCCAUCCAGGAAAUCAUGUCUCUCACCAGCCCUUCUGCCCCGCCGACCUCAAGAACGACCACAGGAAACGUUUGGGUCACACAUGAAGAAAUGGAAAGUUUGGCAGCCACACCUCCCACGGAGGAUGACGAGUGUAGCUGGGCCCAGACAUUGGCGUAUGGAGACAUGAACCACGAGUGGAUUGGUAAUGAGUGGCUGCCCAGCCUGGGUUUGCCGCAGUACCGUUCCUACUUCAUGGAGUCCCUGGUGGACGCCCGCAUGCUUGACCACCUCACCAAGAAGGACCUUAGGGGACAGCUCAAAAUGGUGGAUAGCUUCCACAGGAACAGUUUUCAGUGCGGAGUGAUGAGUCUGAGGAGGCUUAACUAUGACAGGAAGGAGCUGGAGAGGAGAAGGGAAGAGUCUCAGCUGGAGCUUCAAGAAGUGCUGGUGUGGAGUAAUGAGCGCGUGAUCAGCUGGGUUCAGUCCAUCGGGCUGAAAGAGUACAGCGCUAACCUUUAUGAGAGCGGAGUCCACGGAGCACUGCUCGCCCUGGACGAAACCUUCGAUCACAACACCCUGGCCCUACUGCUGCAGAUCCCCACGCAGAACACACAGGCCAGAGCAACUCUUGAGCGUGAAUACAACAGUCUGCUGGCCAUUGGCACAGAAAGGAGAAUGGAAGAGGAUGACGAUAAGAACUUCCGCCGAGCUCCCUCAUGGAGAAAGAAGUUCAGGCCCAAAGACAUGAGGGGGAUGUCCUUGGGUGCGUCAGACACCCUGCCCGCCAACUUCCGAGUGACCAGUAGCAGCGCAGCAUCUCCCUCUACGCAGCCAAAGAGGAGCCCGAUGGACGGAAGUCAGUCUAUACAGAGGCUGGACACUGCCACAGUCAGGACCUACUCUUGUUAACAUACAACGUUUAUCCUCAUUAUUUCUAUAGGUAACCGCUGGUCAGAGGAUGAAGGGGAAUUCCCUGCAUUCAAGACCAGGAUGAUGAACUGAAAUGACUUGCAAGGACACUAAAACGACGUUUUGUUUUUUGUCGUCAUCACAGAGAAAGACCUUACUCACCGAUCUCAGUAUCCCUAGAGGAAACGUUCUAGAUUUAUCUACAUUUGUUAUUAUAUUUAUGUAAAUCAAUGAAACAUUUUAAUUGAUUUUAGAAUUACUAUGUAAUCCUUUUUGCCUCUAUCCCCUUAAUCAACCCACUUUUUAAAAAAAGAAACAUUUCUCCACUGUGCCCGUAUUAAGCUCAGCUCUCAGAUGUAUGUAACUGAAUGUUUCAAUUGUCUGGAGUUUGUAUAUUUCUACCAACAGACAUUUUAUCUAAUCUUUUUUAUAAUCCUGAUUCUAUUGACCAGAUGUAUGUUUUUGUUUUCCUCUCUUUGAUUUGAAUUCUAAUCAUUGAAUUUAUGCUUAAGUGACUUUGAUAUGUGAUAUAACUUAAUUCAUAUCCUUUGCCCUUUUUAACUGUUGUAAUUUUUGUAGCUUAUUACCUGUGAUUUUUGUGUAAAUGCAGCUCUUAGGUGAAUGGAUGUGUGAAUAUCAGACAAAUUGCUGGAGUUGUCAGACUGUUUCACAAACUGCUCAACACUGUGAGUCAUCCAUCACCGUUAGAAUAACUGCUGGCAAGCCAGGUGAUGGUGACAACAGAUAUCAUGUGAAACACACAGUAUAUUUUGCUUUUCUCUUCUUUAUUUUCCAUAUCUGCGAAACCAAAAUGAAACUCUUGAAUUAAAGAAUUAAAGCCAUAUAACAGUAGCGAAAAAAGAAAAACAAAACGGAGGGCUUCUUUCGGAUGCAAGUGAAAACAGAAUUCGAGGUUCUCUCUAGUUGACCUUGCAUGCGGAAACUUCUCCACUAAUCCCCACCCUACCAAACCCCACACCCAGCUCGCCCCUUUAACAAAACAAACCUCCCUUACCUCUGGAGAAACACACCGACAGGCUCACUUGUACAGGAGGACUUGAAACGUACAGAGGAGUCGAAAGUGUGGCAACUCCUUCGAUGGACCAACUUCACUGAGGCCUCAGUCGAUCCCCGCUGUGACUAGAUAACCCUCAAGGCGGUGCGAUUCACCCAUACACCUUUUUUAAAAAGACUUUGUAAGAAGAUUUCAUAUCAAGCCUUAUUGUUUCUUAACUCCUCUCGGUCGUUUGUUCUUAUUUAUUAUUACUCAUCCACAUUGUGUUUCGUCAGUUACACUUUCAGAGCUGAAGCCCCAGUUUGCUGCUAUGAAUGUAGCACCGCUCCUCAUGUCUAAGUUUGUCCCGUCUACGCUCCCAACACGGGUUCCACCAUUAGUUUUUAUGGCAAAUGAGAAGGAACCGAAGAGUUUUCUUUCACCCUACAUGUAGUUCAAGCUUGAAGUAGAAAGGCUUUUUUUUUCUGUAUGUGAUUUAGUCAUUUAUGCACAAUGCAAAUCAUGUUGCUGUUUUAUUCCUGCUCUUCCCAUUGAAUCUUCUGAUCUUGUAACAAUGAUGUACAGUCUGAGUACUUAUAAACUAUUUUUAUCACAAUAUUAUUUAUUGCUUACUUUCAAUAAAAUACUGAAACUUA